AUGGCUUCCACCUACCCGGACGGCAUUUUCGAUAGUUUAGGCAAAUUCUACGUCUCGGUGGCCAUCGUGUGGACGGUCGCACUGCUUGUCGGCUCUGUCUUCCUGGUCAUCAAUCGCCAUGAGCAAUGCAUUCGCAUUCGGAACCUGCCUCUCGCCCUGAGCGCCGUGUUAUGUCUUCAUAUCUACUGGAUUCUCUGCAUGCUGGCAUACACGAUGGCCGGUGCAUACCCCUGCGGGGUAGAGUACUGGAUCAUGAGCAUCUACCUGCCGCUGGGAAUCGCUCUUUUCCAAGCGAAUAGCAUGCAGCUCCUGAGCGUCUCCGGCAUUCAGGAGAAGAUGCUCCAUACCGCACACCAACCGCAGAAGUCUAGUCGUGGUCCUGGCUCGAAAUGCCCUAGCCAAUACUGGCGCCAAUGGAAAGAAAUGAACUUGGUUCACCGAACGGAAGUGGCCAUUGCCGUGGGAAUGGCGGUACAACUGUGUCUCUCACUCUCUGUCUACCUUGCCUCUCGAAAGUUCCAUGGCUUCGGCAGUUUCUCCGAACGUGGCAGUCUCGCAGAGUGUCGGCGAGGUCCUGAAUGGCAAGAUUCACUGAUUCCUUCGAUUCUGUGGCAAUUGUUUUGGUCGUGGAUAUUUGCGCCCUGCAUUCUCUGGAAGAUUCGCAAGAUCCGUGACAUACAUCACUGGAGGCUUCAAAUCACUCUCUGCGUGAUCGCCGCGUUACCGGGUUCACCUUUGUGGUUCAUAGCACUCAAUUCAACCUCCGAGCCCUGGACUACCAUCAAUAGGCACUGGGUACCAGCUCUCUGGUUUACUCCGGGUAUUGUCGCAAUGGAAGGCGUGACAGUCUUUUUCCCAUUUUAUGAACUUGUCGUCUCUAGAAAGCAGCGAGAUCGCAUCCUAGGCGCAAUCGAGGCCUGGAACGAGAAGAAGGUUAACGACAGCGAAUCUGAUUCGGGCACAUCGCGUUCGCAGGCUGGGUCCAGUCGCAUGAAUGAGCUCUACUCUAUCAAGGCAUUGGAGAAGUGUCUAGCAGAUGACUCCCACGCGCUGCUCCAUUUCGCCGCAGCCAAGGAGUUCAGCGGCGAGAACAUCAUCUUCUUGAAUUACGUGCGCGACUGGAAGGCCAGCUGGGCCAGAAUCAAUGCGUCAAAUCCCGAAUACGAUUGGACCCGAGAUCCUCAAUAUCACCGGCUUCACUUCUUCAAGAUUGCGGUCGAGAUCUAUAGCGCCUGCGUCAAUCUGAAAACGGCGGAAUUCCCGAUCAACGUUGAAUCGCGCAUCUACUCAGAUCUGACGGCAAUGUUUGGCGACGCAGUGCAAUGUUCCGGUCGGCGUGUGUCAAGGGGCACCGCAACACACAUGGAAGAAGACACCCGUGCUCUAUGUCUGGACGAGAACCCCUACGUGAGCCAAAGCAUCAUGCACAUCAAGUCCCGUGUCCCCGACUCGGUCGCUGUCCCUGUGAACUUCGGGAUCUCUUCCUUUGACGAAGCCCAGAAGUCCAUCCUCACUCUGGUGUUUACUAAUACCUGGCCCAAAUUUAUUGAUUCUUCGAGCGACGACUUGUCCAUCAAGCUUUGA